AUGACAGUCGUUCAUAUCGUGCUCUUUAAGUUUCGCUCCGAUGUCGACGAGUCGCAUCGCGAGACAUUUGUCAAAGAACUCAAAACUCUCAAGACGUUACCAUGCGUCAAAGAUGAGCGUCUUGUCGUGGGUGGUCCGUCUAUUACGGAUCCCAUUGCGAGGAGUAAAGGCUUUCAGAUAUGCCUGUUGAGUUUCCACCACGAUAAAGCUGCGCUGGCAGCCUAUCAAGCAAGCAGUGAACACCACAGGGUCACAAGUCAAUAUCUCUGGCCGUUCGCGGAGGAUGUAACGCGCUUCGACUUUGAAGUUGCAGAGGAGGAUGAGGAUACAUUUGAGAAGAGCUUCAAGUUGUCUAGCCAAUAA